AUGAAUGAAGAACUUUUGAUAUCAUUAGUCCAAUCCUACUCUGAAUUAUACAAUCAAGAAGAUCCACGUUACCAUGACGACCAGCGUCGGAUGAAUAUAUGGGAGGAGAUAUCUAAGAUUAUGAAUGAAACACUGGAAGAAGAGUUAGAGGUGCGCGCGGCUGAGCCAAUCGUGCCGCCCGACCCACAUUAUCCGCCGCUCGCUACUGCGGUGCCAGCGGGGGCGAGCGCGGUGCGGCGGCCAGCCACCGCCCGCGCCGCUGCUAGCUGA